GUUGAUUUUGUUUGUCCAUAAAAUUGAGAACAAAAUGUCUUGUAAUCACGAAAUUGUAAAAUAUUUUAAUUUUACUAAAAAUUUAACUAUUGAAGCUGGCAAAAUUUUAAAGGAGGCAAUAAAUUUAGAAAAAACUAUUGAAUUUAAAGACCAUUGUGGUGAUUUAGUUACACAAACAGAUAAAAAUAUUGAACAAAUAUUGAUAACAGCAUUGAAAAAUGAAUAUCCUAAUCACAAAUUUUUAGCUGAAGAAAGUUCAUAUGGAAGCACAGAAAAAUUAAUACUUGAUGAUGCUCCAACAUGGAUUAUUGAUCCAAUUGAUGGAACAACUAAUUUUGUGCAUGGUUUUCCACAAUGCUGUAUAUCAAUUGGAUUAUCAAUUAAUAAAAUUAUUGAAUUGGGAAUAAUAUAUAAUCCAUCAAAUGAUGAACUUUAUACUGCAAUAAAAGGUCAGGGAGCAUUUUUAAAUGGUAAACGGCUUAAAGCAUCAAAUAUAACAGAACUAUCAAGAGCAAUGAUUAUUAUUGAACCAACUAUGCUAAAACUAGGUUCAAAGUUUGCAGAAAUUUGGAAUGAAAGAAUAAGUGCUUUGUGCAAAAUAGCAGAAGGAAGUAGAAAUGUUGGAUCAGCUGCAUUAGCAAUGGCUUAUGUAGCCAGAGGAAUUAUUGAUGCAUUUCAUCUAGAUGGUCUCAAGCCUUGGGACGUAGCUGCUGGUUAUUUAAUUAUCAAUGAAGCUGGAGGAACUGUCAUCAGUUCAAAAGGUGGACCAUUUAAUUUUAUGGAACCAAUGACACUGGCAACAUCAACAAUACAACUUGCAACAGAAAUAUCAAAAAUAAUUAUUGACAGUGACCUUCAGAUACAACGUAAAAAAAUUAAAGAAAACAACGAUAAAUAAAUUAUUUAAAUUGUGUGUGCCAUUGUUUUUUUUUUU